AGGGAAAGAAAUAACAUUGUAUCAUGGCAUGACUAAGUUACAUAGAGCAUUAGGGACAAUCUUUUAAAAUAGCCGUUUCAUUAUGAUUAUUGUUUUUGGGACCGAGAGAAGGGUAUAAAACUCAAGCUGAAAGUGCAUGAAUGAAUCUUGACACAUGCGCGUUUUACGACAGGGGUAACGUGAUAACGAUACAACCGCGAGCGCUAUUUACAACAGAGGACACACGCUUCAUGGGUUAUGCUCUAAUUUAAAUGUGAUUCAGAGCUGUAUUUGUUUCUUUUUUCAAAAUGGUGCGUAUGUGUGCUUUUCCUGGAUGCUUCAACCGACAGAAAGCAGUGAGAUUACGUCCGCGGGCGUUAUCUCCAGGGGAAAGGCUGACUUUCCACAGAUUCCCACUCAAUGAUCCUGAGCGACUGAGGCUCUGGCUGCUCGCGGUUCAACGGGAUACGAGUUUACCCAUUCAGUCUCUCGAAGUUUUGAGGCUGUGCAGUGAUCAUUUCUCACGAGACGAUUUCAAAUCAGACGAGGGAAAUGUACGACGAUAUCUGAAAUCAACAGCUGUGCCUCUGUUGUUUUUAAAAAUUGAGGAGGGUAAAUAUGAAGAGACUGUUACUCCUCCACCUGUUUUAUCAGAGAAGAUUGUGAAAACUGGAGAAAAAGGCACUUCACCUGCACCGCAUAAUAUAGCUUGAAACAAGCCACGCUGCUUUUGAUAAUGUCUCAUUUGGUUAGAUUGCUUUUUGCUAUAAGUUGUUUUACAAAUCCAUCCAUUUGAUCACAGCAUAAUGACCAAGAACACGGUUACAAAAUAAUUUGGUAAAAAAUGCAGUAAAAAAGCAAGCAAGCAAAUAAAAGCCCUUUAAUAAUCACAGGUGUGUGAAUCACUUCAGCUUAGCAUGAAUGAAUUCACUGAGUUCUGUGUUCUCUCGAAAAUGCAGUGGUGAUCAGUGUUAUUACAACGAAUGUCUUCACUUUGUUGUUACACUGAGAGAAUUUUUGAGAAUGCAGAACCAAAGUAGUUUUGACAUCACUAACUUUGACAUUGUUAUUGUACAAAAAUGCCUCUAAAACAAAUGUUCCUUUUUUCUGAUCUAAAAUAUUUGGAAGUGAAGGAA